GAGCUGAUGAACGAAGAUCAUAAAAUCAAUACAAGUAAUAAAAUUGCAAUGUAUAUUUGUUGAAAUCUAAUAUCUUUUUAAUGUUCAAUUAUAGUUCUCGAUUUAAAUGUUAUGUCUAGUAUAAUACUUUCAAUUUCUGCAAUUCGCGCAAUCCGAUGUACCUAGCAGUCUAUAACUACCCCACAGGUGGACAAAGAUAUCCUUGAAAACAGUAAAAUAAAAUACUGUACAUUUUGAUAAAAUCAAUGCACGCACUAGUACACUGAAAUGUACAACGAAUGCUGUGUGGGUUUUUCCAUAGAUGCAUAAGCCCAGGUGCAAACUGUUCAUAAUUUACCUACUGGUGACCUAAUUUAUUUCAAUUUUAUAAAUAUCAUUUGUCAUGUGAUGUAUUAUCAACACUUUCGCUGCUUCACGGUGAAUGCGCAUAAAAUGAUGAAAAGGUGAAUGAAGGGGGGACAAUUAGAAUAAUAUGUUCCAAAGUAAAUAAAUAAUGGUGCAUCAGAGAAAUACCGGCACACAAACCACACAUGAGUUUCGAGAGCCAUAACCUUAACAUUUAUUUUGUUAAAAUGACCGUUAAAAAAAUUGAUACAACGUUAAAAAUACAAUUUGCUGUUAUAUUGGUGUACUUAAUUGGAUCGAAUAGUACUUUACUAAACUUUAAUGAGAUACAAAAAAAUAUUUUACAGUGGAAGAACCAGAAUUUGCGCAAUUUAAGCGAGAUUGGAGUAACUAGUAAUGGUGGUUUUGACUUUAGCGACGUAAAAAACAAAAUAAUUCAAUGGAAAACUCAAAAGCUAGCCGCUCUUUGUCCAUCAAAUGCCCAACAACUUCAAAACUUGUUAAAUAUUGUGUGCAGCACGGCACAGCCGACAAAUGUGACCCAACGUGAUGCUUGCAUUACAUGUUUUUCUCGAGUAACUUCGAUGCCUGAGGGACCUCAAGAGUUAAAUGCUCUCAGCGUUUGUGCCGUGCAGUAUUUUACUGGUGCAUACGCUGCCUGUGCCACAGCUCUCAUGGCAUUGUCCACAUCAGCUUUAAAUGUUCAACCCUCUGGAUGUUUCAUGGGUUAUUGCGAUUUUGUGCGUUGUCUAAGAAGAGCUAAUUCUAUGAAUUUGAUCAUACAAUGUACUCGGGAAGCUCGAACUGGUGUCAACAUAACAGUGGAUGCGGAUAAUGUCCGGUUUUUUAACAAUGUUACCUCGUGUAUUUUAGCCAAAUCACGAUGUGGCUCAUUUAAUCCGAUUACAGGAGAACCUCAGAUACCAGGCUACACGGCAGCGGGAACAAGGGUCAGUAACGCUCUUCAGCUUUCAGAAGCUGGCGAAUUAAGAAUUCUUGCAUUUUCUGCUAAUACCCCAGUCACCAAUUCAUUUUGUACCAGUAGCCCUAACUUAACACAAUCUAGUUGGCUUACCAAUAUCUGCUGAAAUAUCUAUGUAAACAACGCAAAAUCUGAUAAUUUGAAAUUGUGAUUAUUUACCUCAAGCGUUUGACUGAUUUAUUAUUAAGUUAGCCUGUGUGUGUUCAAAAGGCAAUUAUUCAAAGAGAUAAUGUCAUUGUCAGAUGUCAUCUGUCAUUUAUUGAACUAUCAACCGAUGUUCAUGUUAUGAAUGUGGAUUCAUGAUAAGUUUUAUGAAUAAAAUUCUUUUUAAAUGAACAAGUUGUGUCUUUCAGUCUUAUCGUAGAAUUAUUUGCUGC